AUGAAGUUCUUUUCAGCUCUUUCCCUCGUGGCCGGUAUGGCCAGCGCUCUCCCUGCUGGGGAUGUUGAAGUCCGCCAGCUUGGUAGCGGUCUGGGCAGUGGCCUCGGUGGUGAUCUCGGUAGCGGCCUUGGCGGAGGUCUUAGCGGUGGAGGACUCGGUGGAGGGCUGGGUGGCUCAUCCACGCGCAAUGACCUCGAGCAAGGCACUGCUGGUAACUGUCCCAAGGCCAUCUUCAUCUUUUCUCGAGCCACUGGUGAGCCCGGUAACAUGGGUGCAUCCACAGGUCCUGCCGUGGCGAGAAAGCUCGAGGCCAAGUAUGGAAAGGGUCAAGUCUGGGUCCAAGGUGUUGGUGGCCCAUACAAGGCUGAUGUGCAAGGCAACCUUAUGCGUGACGGCUCUACCCCAGCUGCUAUCAACGAAGCCGUCCGCCUUUACAACAUGGCCCAUGAGAAGUGCCCUGACACUCCCGUUGUUACUGGUGGAUACAGUCAAGGAACUGCCUUGGCUGCCGCUGCUAUCUCGAAGCUUGAGCCAGAGGUUAUGGAUCAGGUUAAGGGCUGCGUUCUCUUUGGUUACACUAAGAACGCCCAAAACAAGAAGGCUAUCCCCAACUACCCACAGGACCGCACUGCUAUCUACUGCAACACGGGAGAUGGCGUCUGCACCGGAACUCUGCUGAUCACCGCCCCUCACUUCAUGUACUUCGGCGAUGCUGCGGGUCCUGCCCCUGAGUUCCUGAUCUCCAAGAUUGGCUAA